AUGGAGGGCAUUGAGUGGUUCCAAAUUAGGCGUGCCUCACUUCAGCAUACCUGCACCGUCGACGAGCGUGGGGGUUUUCACAAACAGGCUACAUCAAGUGUUAUCGAUGAAAUGAUGAGAGCCAAGUACGCCAGCAGAGCUGUUGGUCCAAGGCCAAACGAGUUGAGAGAGAUGAUGAGAGAUGAUCACGACAUCCCAAUCUCUUACUGCAAAGCGUGGCGGUCAAGAGAGCUGGCCCGCGAAGGGAGUGUUGUCUCUCUUGAAACCGACUUCGAGGUGGAUGUUGGCCAGCGCUUCAAGUACCUUUUCUUCGCCUUGGGAGCAAGCUUGAAUGGCUCUUCCCCCAUCGCUUUCGGGAUUGUCGACGGCGAGAACGACAAUGCCUGGAUCUGGUUCUUCCGUAAGCUGAUUGAGGUGAUACCAGACAGACAUGACUUGUUGUUUGUCUCUGACCGUCAUAACUCUAUCUACACGGAUAUACGGAAGGUGUAUCCCAUGGCGCAGCACUGCGCGUGCGUGGUCCAUCUGCAGAGGAACAUCCAGGCCAUUUUCAAAAAACGUCUCCUCAGCUACAUGAUCCGUGAAACAGAUGAGGGUUGCGCCAGCUACCUGACUGCGAUUGGGUAUGAACACUGGGCGAGAUCUCAUUUCCCAGGGGUGCGAUACAACAUAAUGACGAGCAACGUCGUUGAAUCUCAAAACAAUGUCCUCCUCGGUGCGCGUGACCACCUAACUGUCCCGUUAAUCGAGUGCAUCCGGGCAACACUGAUGGAUUGGUUUGCGACGCGGCGUGAAGAUGCUAAUAGCUGUGAUACCACGUUAACCCCUAAGAUGGAGGAGUUACUGGCAAAGAAUUUGAAAUGUCAACAGGGUUCGCGUAUCGCAAAAUUAAUCCUGAUGAGUAUGAGAUUAGGAACAAAGAAGGAGUUCCUUUCAUGGUUAAUCGGGAAACCCAAACCUGCAGCUGUCAAGAGUUCCAGAUGCUUCGCUAUCCAUGCUCCUAUGCCGUGGUGGCCGCUAUCUGUUCAAACACAAGGGUCGACUGUUUAG